CCCACGUGUCUUUUCAAAGUUUUAGAAUCACGGUAGACGAAAACACACAAAACAGCUUCUAAAUCAAUGUAAAAUGGACAUAAUUCAUAUAUUAUUUCACGCUGUGGUUGUAUCUCUUACUACUGCGAGUAAGGAGACGGUUUCAAGCGAGAAAAAUACCAAUGAUGAUCUGGGUCUAACGUUUUUCAGGAAAGGCUUCAAGCUCAAGCGAGCCCAACAGCUAGAAGCAGUGAAACAGUUACUUGAAGUUAAAGACUAUUCCAAACAGUACCAGCUAGUGGAAAUCAUCACUAAAAACAUUUUCAAGAUGUUAGGUGACUCCAAGACUACCAUUAUCUCAUCUGGCUACAUUCCUGGUGGCGAGUUUCCAAAAGAAAAAGAGACUAUGCAUGCUCUGGCGCACAUCCUGGAAAAUACAGCAUUUUUUGGUGAUGUCCUGUUAAGAUUGCCUGAUAUUACGCAUAAGAUCUUUAGACAUUCGACUGAGUGGGAAUUACUGGCCAAGUGGAGUGUCAGCUUUGCUAAUGAGACCGGUAUCUUUGAUGAAAUGGAUACUACUGUGUUAAACCUGAUGGCUCAAGAGCUGGAGGUUGUUCCCAGAGAUCCAAACUACACCAAUCCAUACAAACUAAGCUCACAGAUUGAGCAGGCCAUGACAAAUGAACAAAAGAAGCAACAACAAAAUGCAAAGAAGAAAGAGAAAAAGAAGAAAAGAGGCCCUAGACUGAGUGGCGAUUUAUAGUAAUUUAAUCCUAAUCAAUUACACAUGUCAAACCUAUUCCUUUUUUUUAGCAUUUGUAAUAUACAGGUUUUACAAAGAACAACAUACAAUAAAAUCUGAUGUAUACAUCAUUGUGUUGUAAAAUGUGAUAUUGAUUUCUAGCAUGACAUUUUGAAAAUAGAAAUCAUCUAAUUAGGAUGAAGCACUUAGUACCAAAGCUCUAUCUCCUUUCCUGUAUCUAUAUUCUUGAAUCUUAGGCAGAGAAGACUAUUAGUUUGUCUGGAUGAUAUUUUAUAUGGAUGGUUCUUGCAUCAAAGGGCUCCCCAUCUAUGCUAAACCAAGACUCCUUUAGAGAGAGAAAAAAAAACAAUCAGGAAUUCAGAUAUGGGCAAUUGAUCUAGGUUUUGAUUAAGAAGAAGAGGUGGCAAGGGGAUUAGAUGAUACAGAGAGGGAUUGGAGAGAUACAGUUGUGUAAUACCAAUGUACAAUUUAAUGUAUGUACAAUUUGUUGUAUGUGUCCAAUUAAAAUAUCACUGUACAACCUC